GGACCUGUUUUUUUUUUCUUACCGCACAUCGGUCCGUCCGGUAAUUGUUCCGUCUAAAGAUGGCGGGGUAUCUUCAUGUCGUCCGAAGGGCUUUGGGACAACUAGGAGGUCAUGGAGGAGUCAAAGGGUUGCUGGUUCAGUUUUUCAGGGCGAAUGAUGUGAAGACAGGAGCCCUGAUUGGUGUGGACAAAUAUGGAAACAAAUACUUUGAGGACAGCAAAAACUACUUCUUUGGACGCCACCGCUGGGUGCUCUACACCACAGAGAUGAACGGAAAGAACACCAUGUGGGAGGUGGACGGCAGCAUGGUUCCAGCUGAGUGGCACUGCUGGCUGCACUCUAUGACAGACAACCCCCCCACCACUCACCCUCCAGAGCCCAAGAAGUUCCUGGCUCAGGUCCACCAGUUCAACGUGAGCGGCAGCUCGAAGCAGUACGUGCCCUUCCCCACCACCUCCAAGAAGAUCCACGAGUGGGUUCCCCCCAAAGCACAGUGAACCCUCACUGCUUAUUUGUAAAUUAUGGUAUCAUGUCCUGAAUAAAAUCUCUAUACAGACCUU